CUUCAACAAUUGAUCGAACUUGAGACCAAAUAGAAAGGAAGAGAUCAUUUUAGUGAAUCUGAAAAUGGCGAGUAAGGUUUGUGUCCUUGGAGGUGGUGGUUACAUUGGUUCAGCCUUGGUUCACUCACUUCUACAAAAUGGUUACACUGUUCACGCUACUAUAAGAACCCUUGGUGAUGAAUCGGAGGUGGGACUUUUGAAAAGUUUUCCAUAUGCAGAAGAAAGGCUUCAUUUGUUUGAAGCUGAUGUUUGCAAACCAGAAGAGUUUGAAAAACCAAUACAAGGUUGUGUUGUUGUUUUCCACCUGGCAUAUCCCAUAGUUCACGAGUCCAACAGUACCGCUGAGGUGACGAUAAAUGCGGUGAAGAAGGUAGCAGAUUUGUGCAUACGUUCAGGGACAGUAAAGCGACUCAUCUACACCGCUUCCGUUUCAGCAGCUUCACCUCUAAAAGAUGAUGGGAGUGGUUAUAAGAACACCAUGGAUGAGAGUUGUUGGACACCCCUUCAUAUCGAUGUCCCUUAUGCCGAAGGCUUCUUUAAGGACUACACGGAUGCCAAAACAAAAUCAGAGCGAGAAAUAUUGAAAAUUGGUGAAGAGAAAGCAAAUGAGUUGGAGGUGGUGACAUUAGCUUGCGGGGUGGUGGGUGGUGGAGGACGUCUACCAUACCCUUCAAACAGUGUGGUAUUGCUCCUAUCACAAAUUGCUAACAAUGCCACAAAUUAUAAAUCACUAAGGUACGUAGAAGAAUUGCUAGGGAAACUUGCGAUCGUUCACAUCGAGGAUGUUUGUCGAGCUCAUAUCUUUUGUGCGGAAACACCAUCAAUAAACGGAAGAUUCUUUUGUGCUAGCUCGUAUGUAUCAAGUGCGGAAAUUGCAAAGUAUUAUCAGAAAACCUAUCCACAGUUGAACCAAGAGUAUAUCGAAGAACUUGAGAGAGAAAUUAAAUGGGGAUCGAAGAAGCUGGAGGAUAAAGGUUUUGCUUACAAGUAUAGUACGAAGACGAUCUUAGAUGAUUGUCUCGAAUGUGCAAAGGGAUCGGGACUUAUUUAGAAAUCACUUGAUAUUUGAUUGUAUUAGCUUGUAUGUGCGGAUGCAUGGUGUGUUCAAUAAGAUUUAUUCAUGUGAGAUUAUUUUUUAUUUUAGAAGUUGCGAGAAUCAAAUGCUAAGACAUUUUUAAGAUCCUUCAAGUAAAUGUACUCUAAUUCUUUUAGUUAAUUACACGGAUGGCUUGUUCUAUA